AUGCCAGUCAAAAAAGAACUCCAAAUUGAUCUCUACCACUCCGAAACAGAAGGUGAAGAUACCAAGCCCAUGAUCUCUCCCCCGGAAACACCAAAACCGAAGAAAUCUAAAUCCAACACUUCCUCAACUCCCUCCUCUUCGAACGGAUCCACCACACCUUCUCCCACCAAAAAGGCGAAAGCGAAGGCAUCGCCUUCUGCUGUGGACCAAGAUAGACUCAGCGCAAAGGGGAAAUUCGCGAUUAUGAUUAUUGAGAAAGGUAUCGAGGCGUUGAAGAAAGAUGAGGUUGAAGUUGCUACCGGUCUUACACCCAAUCAACAAAAGGAGUUGGUAAGGAAAGAUGCGAAAGGUGCUUUGAGGAAGAAUUUGAUUGUUCUUGCUGAGAAGCUGUAA